AGAAGUCCAAAGAAAGGUGCAUCAGAGGACUGGUGAGCCGCAGAUAUUGUCAUCUAUUCCGAUGUAUGAUCAUAUAUAGAAAAUGUUGGAAUAUAUAAAGUCAUAUAAAACCAUGUAGAACCACCACAAUCAACGUAAAGCACCCUGGGGAGACUCACGAGUUCUCUGAUGCGUUAUACAAUCGUCUUCGUCGUCGUUGCUGCUUUAGCAUCAUCCAUCUCUGCCUUGCCCACUACCGAUGAAGUCGCUAGCACCGACUCAUGUUCCAAGGCUUGCAUUCUUGACUCACAAUGCAAAAGUCCAAGCUGCUGCAUGGCAGUCCAUUCUUUUCUUCUGCACAGUGAGUUGUAUUUUCGUUUUUACAUCGGUGGAGUAUGGCCGUUGACACUGAUGCGCGAGUUGCUAGUGAUUGAUAGAAGUCGAUCAACGUACAUCAGGAAAAAAUGAAAUACAGGGAAACUGUGCGAAGAAUACUAUCAAGGGGCCGUCAGAGACGCGUAGGGGCACAGGGGCCCCUUAGGCUAGCAAGUAUUGUCCAACAUAGAGUAUGUACUCUCAAUGGACGAAAAUCGGAUAAAAAAAGGGGGGCGUCCACCAGUACGCAGCCUCACACUGAUGGUGUGGAGCUAGGUCCUGCAUAUUGUACAACUUUCAACACCGAGAUGAUAUGAUUGUCCCGGCAGAUCAAAUACAUGACAAGUGCAGAAUCAUUAUAUCGGAAUCUGAAUAUUCAAUCGACAUGAACGAGUGCAUUACUGUCACGUGUCACAUCAUUACAAGGGAUCCGCGGCCCGCAGCAGG